UUUGUUAUUAGAAUAUUGAACUGUGCUUAUUAAAUUAGAAAGAAUAAUAAAUAAAAAGUUAAAAUAAAUAUGAUUGGUGUACGUUUAAAUACCUUCAAUGACAGUUCUGGUGAGCCCGAACAAGAUGCUAAUUCAGCACUUACGGAACUUGACAAAGGUCUACGGUCUGGGAAAGUGGGUGAACAAUGCGAAGCUAUAGUGCGUUUCCCUCGCCUCUUCGAGAAAUAUCCUUUUCCUAUACUCAUCAACUCGUCAUUCCUAAAAUUAGCUGAUGUAUUUCGAAUGGGCAACAAUUUCUUAAGGCUAUGGGUUCUACGAGUUUGUCAACAAAGUGAGAAGCAUUUGGACAAAAUAUUAAAUGUAGAUGAGUUCUUGAGAAGAGUAUACAGUGUUCUACAUUCUAAUGAUCCUGUAGCAAGAGCUUUAGCUUUACGCACACUUGGUGCAGUGGCUGGCAUUAUUCCAGAGAGACAGAAUGUACAUCAUGCUAUUAGGAGAGGCCUAGACAGCCAUGAUAAUGUAGAAGUAGAUGCUGCUAUCUAUGCCACCACUAGAUUUGCUGCACAUUCCAACACUUUUGCAGUGGCAAUGUGUAAUAAAUUUUCUGACAUGGUGGAAUGUGAAAGCACUGGAGCUGAACGAAGAGCCAAACUAGUUAGGGCACUGAGGAGUGUCCACGGAGGAGGUGAUUGACAUUUUAAAACUACAGUAGAAUCCCGAUUAUCCAAAUCAAUUAAAACAAGGGGUAUUUCUUAUAAUCGAAAAUCCGGAUAAUCAAUUUCAACAUAAAAUCAAUUAAUUUUGAAAAUUUAACCAAUUUUUAUUUUGAUAUUGGGUUUCCAUUCAUCGUGGCUUAGAUACAAUAUAUAAAAAACAAGCUAUAUUGAUAAUGAAUUAAAUAAAUACCUAUAUAAUUUAUAACUGUAAUUGGAAAUAACAUGUUAUUGAUCUUUGCUUUGAUGUAAUAAAUAUCAUCCUUGAUGCGCUUCAGUUUUAACAUCUGUAUGGGGCACGAUUCAUUGUGUCUUUCAAAAUAACAUCAAGAGCUACAAAAGCUUUUGCAUGAUAGUGAUAGUAUACAUUUGUGCCGAAAAGGUAGUCUUUUUACUUAAUCACUUAAAGGUAAUUGAAAAAAUUAGAGAGCUGGAGAGCAAGUCUGUAAAAAAUCCGAAUUCGAAUUCAGUCACGUGUCGGAUACACGUCAUUUAAUGUAGAAAUUCUAUUGGAUCCAUUUUCGUAUAAAAAUAUAAAAUAAGAUUAAUUGAUAAAUACGUAUCUCAAAUAUUCUAUUCCUUUAUAAUUUCAAAACUCACUUCACUUAUCCACGAAGCGUUAUAACCAAUUCAAGGUUGAGCGGGUGCCGCUUUUGAAGUAAAUUCGGACACCUGAGUGAAUUCGAAGACAGAUUCAGAUUUUUACAGAAUCACAGGACCUAAGUACACAAUCGGAUCGGAGGAACACAAUCAUGGUCGGAGACAGGAAUAAACGUUUCAUAACAUGUCUUGUUGCAUUGUGAAUUUUUUUUAAGUUGACAAUUAAAGCUGAGAUGAAUGAGUUCGGAUAAUCGGGAUUCUACUGUAUUUUGAUAGCAGAAUAUUAAAAAGUUUCAAUGUUUUUAAGACUUCUCUUUAAAUUUUAGCUGUUCGUGCCCAAGGGGUCUUGAAAUUGCUCAGGUCACUUUUAGAGAGAUUUCCCUCAUCCAGUUCAGUGCGUGCAGCCAUAACUGCAUUGACAGCAAUAGCAGCAGAUACAGUGGUUCAUGUUCCAGACCAGGUGGAACUCCUUCUAAGCAUUGCUAUGAACGACGCCCGAUCAGCAGUAAGGCGCGCUGCUCUUGUGGGUUUGAAGAAGCUAGCUGAACAGGCGGCCCUUUGGCCAAAUGAAUGCUUACAAAAUCUAGUCCGAGCAGCCACUGAUAGCCAGGACACUAAGCAUACUAUGCUUUGUCUGCAGGUUAUGCAAGUAAGUGUUUUUAUUUUCUGUACGUUUUAUUAACAAUAUUUUCAUAAGAAAUUUCAUGCAAUCAGUUUAUGGAACCUCUAAUUAUUCAUUAUCUUUCAACUUAUUUUAUAAGGAAUAUGCAUACUAUAUUAAUAAUAAUAAUUAAUAUUGAUUUGGGAUAACAAAUAUACAAAACUAAAAGGAAAAUGUUUAUAGCAAUUAAUAUAUUGUUAAUUAAAUAUUUUCAAAAAUGUAGCGGUCGCAAUCGCUAAAAUGGUUUGGUGAUUACACAAUCAACAGCACAUUCGCCAUAAUUGAAUGAAUUAAGAAAUUUUAUUGCAUAUAAAUAUUUUUUUGCAUACAGAUUCUCGUAGAAUGCCCCGCUAUUUGUGCUGCGGCAGGGUCUCAGAGUAGUGCCUUACGGCAAUACUGCUCGGAUGCAGCUCUCAGCAUAGAUCUUCAUCAGGCUGCCAUUGCGUGCGAUGUACUUACCCGAAUUGUCGUUCAUUGGUAAAUAUCAUACAAAACUUAUUAAACUACCAGAAAUAUAAAAUUGUGGCCCCAGAAUAGUGCCUUGGGGCAGUAACAAUUAUAGGGGAUAUUUGAACUUUAAGAAGAUUGAGAGUAAGAGACCAGGCAAUUUACUGUUAUUCGUUAUUUUUCAUUUAACAAUUAGGUAUUAUUGAAUAAAAGAGAAGAGAUAAUAUAGAGUCUUUUUUAUAGAAAAAAAAAAACUCAUUCAUGAAUUUUAAUAUCAGAAGUAUUUUUUGCUGUAAUGAUAAAGUUUCUAGUAGGGAACCAAUCUACUAGUUUUAAUAAAUUAAGUGAAAAUUCGAUGAUUAUUAUUUAGUUACGAGGAAAGUCUACCUGUGGACGGUUCAGAGUUGAUGUUCGCUCUGGAGGCUCUAGUUAUAGCGACCAGCGUCGACGACGGGGCAGCCAAUAUAAAAGCACUUCGUAUAGCUCUUAGAUGUUUGGUAAGUUACAUACACACUCACACACAUACAUGUUAUAUUUAUCGUAAAAUAAAUUUACACUUAUCCAUAUAUAAACACACAGUCCAAACCGCUGAACCUAGAAGCCUGAAAUUUUGCAUGUAAGUGAUUUAUAUAACGUAAAUAAGCACUAAGAAAGGAAUUGUGGAAAUUCCACCCCUAAGGGUGGAAGCGUUUGUAUGAAACUUCUUUUUUUUUUAUACUUAUAUCAAUGAACAUUGGUGUAUCGGUUUAAUAAAAAAGAAUUUUAAAAAAUUGGUCAACAAUUGGCAGAAAUAUUGCUGAACAUACAUAAAAAAAAGUACAUCACUGUCGAACAUAUAACCUCCUUUUCCUAUUCGAUCGUGAAGUCAGUUAAAAAGAGCCUUAUAUUUGAUAAAUUUUGCACAAUGUCAGGUGAAACUGUGCACUGCGGAGCCGAGCGUGUACGCGGCGCGGACCGCCAGUGUGGUGGGGGCGCAGCUGAUGGAGGCGGCGCGCGGGCCCCGGGCCCUGGCGCGCGGGCCCCGGGCCCCGGCGCUGCUGGAGGCGCUGGGGGCGCUCGGCGGCGGCACGCACUGCCCCCGCUCCAUCGCGCCCGCGCUGCCCGCCCUCCUGCACGCGCUCGACGCUCACUGCAGGUGACCUAACCCAACCUUUUAUUAUAUAUGUUUUAUAUAUUCUCGAUAUUUGCAUAUGUAUUGUUAUAUAGUAUAUCAUUUAUAAUCUUUCCUAUCCUUUCUUUUCUUCCAACGGGCGGAUACCCUGGCAUAACUGCAUCUCGAAGCUGUUAUG